CCUACAGGUAUGGAUCUCUGCUGGUUGAUCGGUGUGGCCGCUGUGAUGACUCUCCUAACACGAGAGUCUGAAUCACAGCUAUCUGUUUGUGGUUUGGCACCACUCAACACCAGGAUCGUUGGAGGACAGGAUGCUCCUCCAGGCAGCUGGCCCUGGCAGGUCAGUCUGACCCUCGGUAGAUAUCACAUCUGUGGAGGAUCCCUCAUAAACAACCAGUGGGUGCUGACUGCAGCGCAAUGCCUCGGCUUCCCAACCUUCCUCCUCCAGUUUCUGACUGUGAAUCUGGGACGUCAGAGCCAGCAGGGACCAAACCCAAACGAGGUCACUCUGCCACUUGCAGGGUUUGUCGUUCAUCCCAAGUACAACAACAAAGAUGGUAACAACGACAUCGCCCUCCUGAAGCUCAUCAGACCCGUGGAUUUCACCUCUUUCAUUGCACCAGUCUGCAUUGCUGCCUCAAACAGCACCUUCUUUAGUGGCGUGAACGGCUGGGUCACCGGCUGGGGCAACAUUAAAUUUGGAGUGCCCCCUCCUUCCUCACAAAACUUGUCCGAGGUGGAGGUGCCAGUUGUGGGAAACACAGAGUGUAAGUGUAGCUAUGGAGACUUAAUCACAGACAACAUGAUGUGUGCUGGGUUACGUACUGGAGGGAAGGGCCCCUGUCAGGGAGACGGAGGAGGUCCUCUGGUGAUCAAACAAGACAAUCGGUGGAUUCUAGCAGGAAUCCCAAUUUUCGGAGUUGGUUGUGCUAAACCAAAUUUCCCAACAGUCUACACCCGAGUGUCCCAGUACGAGACAUGGAUCAACAGUUUUGUCUCCAUCAACAAGCCUGGCUUCAUCAACUUCAGCUCUCCCGGGAAUAACAGUGAUCUCAACUUCACAUGCCCAGUUUUAACCACAACUUUCACUCCAACAAACCUCACUGCUGUCCCUACAGCCACCAUGAAACCCACCAACUCUAUUAAGUUCAACGGGAACACUCCUGCUAACUCCCCUUUCUUCUCCUGUCUCUCUCUCCUUAUUCUCACCUUCUGGCUCCAACUCCUUUCAUAGAGAUGUUCAAACCCUGCCUGGUUUACAUGAUGUGUCAUGCACAGAUGAAUGUGGACAAACCUUAAAUUAUACACAACUUUAAACUCUUUAAAGCAGCUCAGUGUUUGUGUACCUGAUGAACCUAAAUUCAAUGUUAUGCAAAGAUAUGUACCAAUGUAAUGGUGUGUAUCUUUGGUUUUCAUUUAAGCAAAGCUUUACAUAUAACAGGAUAUUUCUAAUCAUUAAAAUGUAUUUUUCUGUGACAAAAAAGCCUGUCGUAAUGGAUAAAAAUUGAAACAAAUCAAUGGAAUAAUCUGAGGAAUCUAACUGGAAAUUUACAUGUUACUGCUGUUUUAACAAAUCUGGGAUUGUUCUGUUUUUUGAUUUAAUGUUUUGUGCAAAUCUUUAAAUAAAGAAUAAAAU